AUGGCAAUCUUAAAUUUCAUUUCAUUUGUCCUAGUAAUUGGUUUAUCAGCUUUCUCAGUAUAUUUCGUAAACAAAUUCGACAAAUCCUCCCAAACAGAAAAACCUUAUAGUGAAGAAAGUGUUUGGGUUCUCAACGAUUCAAACUUUGACGAUUUUGUAAAAUCUCACGAUUAUGUUCUUGCUGAAUUUUAUGCCCCCUGGUGUGGUCAUUGCAAAUAAUUAGCACCAGAAUACGCUAAAGCAGCCUAUUAAUUAGAAUUUAAUCCCUAAAAUAAAAUAUAUUUAGCCAAAAUUGACGCCACUUAGAACCCAAGCAUCACACAAAGAUUCCAAAUAUAAGGCUAUCCUACCUUAAAAUACUUCUCUAAUGGAAAUUUAGAAUAACCUAAAGACUACAAUGGUGGUAGAACUGCUUAAGAAAUCAUCUCUUGGGUUACUAAGAAAUCAGGACCUCCUUCUUAAUUAUUAAAAGACAAAUAAGAACUUGAUAAUUUCAUAUCUAGUUCUUAAGUAUCUGUUGUAUAUUUUGGAAAUAGCGAAACUGAAUAAGAUUAUUUAAUAUUUUAAGAAUUAGCUUAAUCUUUAGAAUCAGUCCAAUUCGGUCAUGUAUUAAACUCUCAAUUAAAAAAAGAAGAAAAAGCCCAAAAAGUAGUUUUAUACAAAUAGUUUGACGAAAAAAGGAAUGAUUUUUCUGAAAAAGAUUUAAGUGUAAAAUCUUUAACUGACUUUAUUUAAAAAAAUGAUACUCCUUUGUUAUUACCUUUUAAUAAUAAAGCCAUCGAAAAAAUAUUUGAAAAACACGAACCUGCAAUAAUUAUAUUUAUAGCAGAUAAUGACGAUUCUAAGCAAGCCGAGUAACUUUUUGGAUAACUCGCUUAAAAAUAAAAGAAAGAAAUUCAAUUUAUAAUAACAAAAUUUGACGAUGGAUAGGGUUACUAUGACCGUUUAGCUGAAUACUUAGGUGUAGACAAUACCAAAAAUCCCAGUUUGAUGAUAGUUUAAGGCAAUAAGAGCAAUGAAGAAUUAGCCAGAUAUAAAUUUGAAGAAAAAUUCACCGAAAAAGAAAUCUUAAAUUUCAUUCAAAACUUCAAAAACGGUAAAUUAUAAAGAUUCUUGAAAAGUUAAGAUAUUCCAGAACCCAAUCCUGAAGAAAAAGUAGUCACCUUAGUCGGAAAAAACUUUAAAUAAGUUGUUUUAGAUGGUAAAUAAGAUGUUCUUGUCGAAUUCUAUGCCCCAUGGUGUGGACAUUGCAAGGCUUUGGCCCCUAAAUACGAAAGUAUAGCCAAAUAAUUGGCCCAUAAUAAAAAUUUGAUUAUCGCAAAAGUAGAUUCUACAUCUAAUGAUAUACCCGGUAUCGUUAUUUAGAGUUUCCCUACAAUUAAAUUCUUUAAAAAUUCAAGUAAAGAUACUCCUAUAGAUUAUGACGGAAAAAGAGAAGAAUAAGAUUUCUUAGAUUGGUUAGAAAAAAAUGUUAGCUAUCCUUGGGAACAACCAAGAUAAUAAGUUAAUGAAUAAUAAGAAUAAGUUAAUGAAUAGGAAGAAUAAGCUAAAAAAUAAUAAGAAAAAAAUAAAUAAUAAGAAUAAGAAAAAGAAAAAGAAAAAGCUAAAUAAUAAGAAUAAGAAAAAGCUAAAUAAGAAUAAGAAAAAGCUAAAUAAUAAGAAUAAGAAAAGGCUAAAUAAGAAUAAGAAAAAGCUAAAUAAUAAUAAGAAAAAGAAAAAGCUAAAUAAUAAGAAUAAGAAAAUAAUAAUAAUAAUAAACAAAACAAAAAUAAGAAAAAUAAUAAUAAAAAUAAGAAGAGUAAAAAGGAAAUAAAAGUUAAAAUAAAUCAAAUUAAAAAUGAUUAAUAAUAAUUAAUUUUUUAAUUAGAAAUUAAAAUAUUUAAUUGUUAUAUAUUUAUUUUAUUUUUUUA